UACCAACUUAGUACCUUUUUUACCAUACACGAAAACAGUUUUAGUAUUUAACCGUAAAAUAAAUCCAAAUUUUGGAUAUUUUAACACAUUUUUAUGUUUGGUGAAGUUUGUAAGUUUUAUCAUUAUUUGAAAAAUUGAAUAAGAUGAAGUAGAAGGGCAGUGGACACUGCACAUUAUCUUCAAAUGUCUGGUUUUAGCACAACAAGAAACCUUCCUCUUUAGCUCAGAGAGAGAGAGUGUAAAAUGCCGACCUUAAACCUCUUCACGAAUGUCCCAGUCGACGCAGUCGUCGCCUCCGACAUUCUCAAGGACGCCACCAAAGCUGUUGCUAAAAUCAUUGGCAAACCUGAGUCUAGAAGUCAGCUCCAAACACCAAAGCAUUCCACAUGGCUGUCUAGCAAUGAGGGCGCUAGGCUCGGUUCUUUACAGAGGCCAAUGUUUGGUUAUUUACUUAAAGGUCGAAGUCGAACCAACAGAGUCAUGUGCAGUGGUACCAUUAGUAGUAGUCCCAUUGUUCUUAGUUUCCCUUCUCCUGCUAAGUCAGUCGACCCAACAACAUUCCUUCAGAUCAGUGUUUUAUUGCUGUCUUUAUAUUGGUUAUCGAACUUCAUUGUGCCAGAACUCAUCUCCAGAUAUUUCCAAUUCGAUAAGGUGGAGGAAGAUAAGAAGCAAAGUGUUGAUGUUGAUGAAGACGUUUAAGUGUGAAACGACAGGACCAAGAUUAAUGAAGCUAGCAAACCAGACAAACAGAGCAAUGAGAAUGAGAACAAUGACUACGUUACUUUUUAUUUCCUUUUCACAUUCAAAGGAAAAAUUGAAAUAUCGAACUAAGAAUCCAAUUUUAUGAAAACCACAUUGGAAUAUAUUUUUAGUGCGUUUAAUAA